CGCGGCGGCGGCGGUACGCCUCAGCGCCGGGCGCGGCCGCGGCCGGUGCAGCCGGCGGAGGCGGCUGGCGGUCGUGGGCGGAGGACCUGGGGAUCCAGGCCCCCAAGGUGGACCUCAGCACGUUCGGGUCUGACCUGCGGGGCAUGGUCGCGCUGGGGCAGCUGGCGAGCGACGAGCCGCUGGUGCAGGUGCCCGCGAAGAACGCCCUGCAGGUCACGACUGGCGGCGAGUGCCCGAUCGGCGACCAGGUUGCCCCAGCCGCCUGGGCCGCGGUGCCCUGGUGGGCACAGCUCGCCGUACUCCUAGCCUACGAGAGGCAUCGCAAAGGCGCGUCGCCACUGGAGCACUGGGUCGCGUCGCUCCCGCAGGAGUUCCCAGAGGUGCCGCUCAACUGGACCGACGCCGAGCUCGAGGCGCUGGACUACCCGCUGCUCGAGCGCGACAUCCGGGAGCAGCGCGAGGAGGUGGCGGGCGCCUACUCGCUGAUCUCCGCCGGCUGCAGGUUCCCGCUGUCCGAGGACGACUUCCGCUGGGCCGUGAUGGCGGUGCGCAGCCGGUCCUUCAGCGGCCCGUACGAAGGCCGCGGGCCGGAGGAGCGGCUGGCCCAGGUCGCCCUCGUCGCCGCGCUGCUGGUGGGGGGCGUCGCGUCCGGCCUCGUCUCUGCGGAGGACGGGCUGAACGGCGCUGGCGCCGCCCUCGUGGCGAUACCGCUGACCGACUUCCUCGUGGGGCAGUCGUCGAACCUGAAGAGGUACGUGAUAUGCCCGGUCAUCGACUACCACAACCACGAAAGCAGCGCCGCGUCCGACAUCUCGUACGAGUACUUCGCCAACGAGUUCGUGCUGCGCGUCCGUGGGGCCUUUGCCGCGGGCGACCAGGUCUGCAUCAACUACGGGGAGAAGCGGAGCAACGACGCCCUCCUGCAGUAUUACGGUUUCAUCGAGAAGGACAACCCGAACGACGUGUACAGCAUGGACAUUCUCGCGAUCCUGGAUCCGGAGACGGCGGCCACCGGGCAGUCCCUCCAGGUGGACCUGACGAGGAGGGGCCCCGACGAGCGCAGCAUGAGGGAGCUCCGGCUCCUCCUCGCGGACGACGCCGAGCGGCGGGCCGUGGCCGAGAGGGGCGGCGAGGGCCUCGACGAGGAGAUCUCGGGGACGAACGAGGCCCUCGUUUGGAGGGCCGUGGACGAGGCCUGCGAGGCGGAGCUGCGGCGUCUGCCGGCGGGCGAGGCCCUCGAGCUGGCGGCAGCGACGCUGGCAGGGCCUGCGCUGCUGGCCGCAAGACUUCGCGCGGAGAAGGAGAGGGUGCUCGCGUCCUGCCGCGCCUUCGCGCGCGCGAUGUGCCGGCAGCGGGCCUCCGCCGCGCCCCUCUCGCUGGCCACGGGGGCGGUCGUGACGCCGACGUUCCAGGAUGCGGCCGGCUGGCGCCACGCCUGGGCCGACGAGCUGCUGAGGCCGGCCCACCUCGAGGCGCUGCGCGCCCACGGCUUCUGCCUGCUGCCUGGUGCGUUCGACGCGGGCCUCGCAGCCCGUUGCCUGCGCGAGUGCCGCUCGCUGGGCGAGGC